AUGGACUUGGGACGGCUUCCUCGACCGGACGCAUGGGCGUUCGCCAUCGUCCGUUCCGUGUCCGCAAGGGCGACUGAAGACCAGACGGCGGCAGUCGAGCAUGGCUCGGGCGCGGUCCUCAUCGGAGGGCUCAUAGCAUUGUACCUGUCAGGGAUCGUGUUCAUGCAGACUGUCCUGUAUGUACGCAUGUACAGCGCAUCAGAUCCACAAAAGGUCAAAGUAUUGGUCGGCCUCGUAUGGUCGCUUGACCUACUCCAUUCCGCUAUGGUCUGUGCAGCCAACUGGCAGAACCUCAUCGUCGGCUUCGGGGACUUCGAUAAGCUUGACUACAUCACCUGGUCAAUUGCAGUUACCGUCGCCCUCACGGCGGCGACGACAUUCAUCGUCCACUGCUUCUUCUCCCACCGGAUCCACACCCUGAGCCGAGGUAACUGGUACAUCACCGUCCCCCUCAUCUCGCUCGCGCUCCUCCGCCUCGCCUCUGACACGACCCCGCGCCCGAAACGGUCCGCGUUCCGCCGUCAAGUCGCCGCGACCGUCUCGACUUCGGAGAUGAUCCGCCUCGAGAGCUUCCGCGGAUUCGUGACCGGCUUCGGGUUCGUCUUCACGCUUGGGCUCGCGACCUCGACCGCGCUCGACGUGCUCAUCACCGGCAUCCUAUGUUUCUACCUCCGCCGACGGAAGAGCGGCCUCGUGCGGAUGGACCGCAUCAUCGGCACCCUCACGCUCUACACGGUCGAGAACGGCUUGCUGACCUGCCUCACGACGGCGGUGUCGCUGAUCUGCUGGGUGCGCAUGCAGGACAACCUGAUCUUCCUCGGGCUGCACCUCGCGAUCAGCAAACUGUACGCCAACUCGUUCUUAGCGAGCCUCAACGCGCGCAAGCACCUCUCGGGCCCCGCGAGCCACUCCGCGAGCGACGGCUACCCGCUCCCGGUGGUCUUCCCCCAGGGCUACGGGGUGCGGAACGGCAGCUCGGCGCACGGGCUCGCGGUGGCCGCGAACCGCCCCGCGGGGCGCGCUGGGAAGCCGCUGCAGGUGAGCGUCAACGUCGAGCAGACGGUGCACCAGGACCGGGGGCGGUCACGGACGGUCUCCUUGGACUGCGGGACGCCGCCGGCGCAGGGCGUGGGGAGCUUGGAGAGCUUUGGGAAGGGCGAGACUUGCUGA